AUGUGGGCCUCUGAUCUGUUUUUGCAGAUUGUGGGAUACGAUCUGCUCAGCCACCCAACACAUUUCCUGUGUCCUAUUGAGCCUUUCAGAUCUAUUUACGAAAGCAACCAGCAGGCCCUCAAUGUGUCUAACUCAUUGGAACCAAUGGAUAAAAAGAGAUGCUGGACAGACUGGUUUGACAGAGAUGACCCUAUUGGAACCGGAGACUGGGAAACCCUCUACAAUCUUCGCAAAGAGAAUCCAGGAAAAAUCUGCCCCAAACCAGUAGAUAUUGAGGCCAAAACUCUAUCUGGGCUUAGUGUGGCUGCAGCAGGGGAUGUGAUUUAUAAAAGUGACACAACCUUAGGAUUCAUCUGCAGAAACAAGGACCAGUCCAAGAAGAUGUGCAACGAUUACCGUGUUCGCUUCAGCUGCCAUCCCCCUUUCUGUGGUGGAGGAGUGUGCUGGACCAAGUGGUUUGACCGGGACAAUCCCAGUGGAACGGGGGACUGGGAGCUUCUGAUUUACCUGAAGGCAGCAAACCCGGGAGAAAUUUGUGACUACCCUCUGUACAUCGAAGCUGUCACCACUGACACAAUGACCCCGGCCAUCCACACAGGGGAAACCUUCUUUGCCUACAGUCCAACUCAGGGAUUUGUUUGCCGCAAAACGGACCAGAAAAGUGGCGGUUGCCGUGACUACAAAGUUCGGUUUGGAUGCCCAUGCAGUUAUUGA